AUGGCCGCUUCUCCCGUUCGUGGACAGAGAAAUGUCGUAUUGCCAGAUCGCUUGGGAGCUCUUAGUAGAUUUGGUAGUGCCAGCCCCACCAGGAGGAGACGGCCUUCUUCCAUCAUCUCUCGGCGGGAUGGAAGCGAUGACUCCCAGGUUUCAUCUCCGCACACGACGAGCGAUGCCGUGCUCCUCAGAUGCAGGGAUACCAUCGAACGACUUCACAGCGAUGUGGAGGAGGAACGUCAGAAGCGCUCGAAGCUGCAUGAACAGGUCGUCGCUGGUGAGAGCGAAUUGGCCGCAGCAAAGGUAGAUUUAGCUGAGGAGCAGGUGCGAUGCCGCGAAGCAGAAUCUCGCUGCACACGGCUGGAGCGCCAGCUCUCCGAAGCUGAGCAGCGCUUAAAGUCACAGAAAGAGACGUUUGAGGCUGCCCACUCCCAAGUGCAGCAUCUGAAAACCGAGUCCCUGCAGAAAGCCCAAGAGCACUUUGCACAAGGUUUGAAGAUCACUGAGCUCGAGAGCGCUGCGAAUCGUGCUGAGUCUCGGGCAUCAAGACAGCAGGAGGAGAUUGCGAGGCUGACUGCCGAAUUAAAAAAAGCGCAGUCCAAAGUGGCCGACCUGGAAAGCGACGCCAAUCGUUUACAGGAAUCUCUUGAAAGCAAGGCGCUGGAGGCCGCUCGAGUACAGCGCAUUGGUCAGGAGCAUGAGCAUCGUUGUGAAGCGCUUCAGCGAGAGCUGGAGGAUCUGCACGCAGACAAAGAUGCUGACAAGGCGUCUCUCGAGGGGCAGCAGUUUGAGUUGCAGGAGAUGGCACUAAGGCAAGAGAGGCUGCACGCAGCUUGGAAAGAGCGUGAAGUCGAGUUGCAAAGGCUACAACAGGAACGGGAUGAAGCGAGAGACGAAACGGAGGCAUUGCAGCAAGAGGCAGAGUCGUCCCAUCAGCAGGCACGCCGCAUGGCGGAGGAGCACAGAGAGCUGUUGGAGAAGUCAUUACCUCGGGUCCUGCACUUCACUACACUCUGGCACAAGAUCAUGCAAUGUCCGGACAUCUUGCCUCCAGCGGUUGACGCUACCGGUACAUAG